AGACAUUACAAUAACAGUUUAGAUUAGAAUAAUAUUUAAUCAAAAGUAAUAAAGAAAUUUGGUAUAUAUUCUUUGUGGGGAUGGCCUAAUAAUAUGCCUCUUGUUUCCCUCUUUCUAUCUUUCACAACAAUAAUGUUGAUAUGGCCUAUGGAGAUUCCAUUCCAAUCCCCUUUGAAACUCUAUUUUUACCACCACAAUUCCCUCUCCAUUUUCUUCAGCCAUGACCUAAGAAAAUUUUACAUAAGUCCAAUAUAACUAUGCCUUGUUCACAUCAUAAAUCAUAAUUGAUCAUCAUAAUGUAUUCUUCAAGCAAUUCUUUUCACAAGGACACAAACAAUAGCAUGAUGAUGAGUAGCAUGAAAUAUAGUGAGAUAUCCCAUUUUGGGCACCCAAAACACAAGCUUAGAUUUGAGUACUCUGAAUUUCCAUUCAAGUGUGAUGGAUGCAAGGAAAUUGGAAUAGGUUCACGUUACAAAUGCUCCAUUUGUGACUAUGAUCUUCACAUGCAAUGUGCCAUGCCUUCCCCAACUCUUUUCCACCCUUUCUAUCCAAAGUGCUCCUUUCAGUUCCUGUCUCGCCCCCCGGGGGACAUCCCCCGUUACUGCAAUGCCUGCGAGAAGGUUGUGGCCGGCUUCCUCUACCAUUGCGUGUCGUGUGGGUUCGACCUUCACCCUUGUUGUGCCAAGCUUCCAAUGCUUCUUGAGGAUGAUGAGGUGAAGCUAUAUCUCUACAAGAAGGUAUCUUCGCCAUGUCACCGCUGCGGCCAAAAGGGGCGGAGCUGGAGUUACAGAUCAAAGUGCAAGAAGUACAACCUGCACGUGGCAUGUGUGAGGGACAUGAUCAUUGAGAGUUGGCACGAGAUUUACAUCGGACAAAGCAAAGGGAGAAAAAUGGCAGACACAAUAGGGAUUCCAACCAUAAAGAACACUCUUCAGGCUGCUCAUAACAACAGCAGUAGGAGCAAAGGGAAGAAGGUCAGGAAGUGCUGCGAGAUAGCCGGGAUGGCGGUGCAGGCAGUUGUAUCCGCCGUCUUGGGAGAUCCAACGGCUCUCAUUGCCGGAAUUGCAGGGUCACUGAUGUCACGCGCUUGAUAAAAGAUCUCACUCUGUAUGAAUGUAUUUGUUGCAUAUUCUGUCUUGGAAUAGUAGCAAUAGAAGAUAGCGAAGGUAUGAUUUGCUCACAUUCCAGGCGAAAGUCAUAAUUUGCUGGAACAUUCUAUGGUCAUAAUAAUUUUCCUAAGAAAGAAAUUUUGAUAUUCCAAACGUUGCUAAUUGUGUUCUAUCAUUGUGACAUUCUUACAUAAAGUUACUGCAACAAAUUUGGACA